UAUUAACUUAUUUUGAUUCUGUUACAUUAACAGUAACGUCUGAUACUUCGCCUACAGCUACAAAUCCAUCCGAAAAUGCUCAAUUAAUUGAAGAAUUGAAAAAGCCAAGGAGGGUACUAAAAACCCACAGAAAGAGUAUUGAUGAUACAAAAGGCGUAUCGUCAACAGAUCUCCCUCCACCUUCUCUUAUGACUACUGUAGUUGAUGAAGAAGACGAUUCUAUUACCACAGAUAGUUUGAAGACGGGUCGACCUCUUGAACUAGAAUAUUUGACUAUAGAAAAAGCAAAGGAGUUAAUCGCGGCUGCGGAAGUAAAAACAAUUCCGCCUGUAGGUCGUGAUACACGAUCUAACGGAAAAAAUAAUACGACUAUAUCAAAUGUGCGGCAAAACGUAAAUCAUGUCGCGCCUGAACUCCUUUUUCCUCGUACAAAUACAAAACCUUCUUUAUUUUACAAAACUGUCGCACAGGAGGACGCAGAAGCAAGAAUACAGAUUAUGGAAAGAAGAAGGGGAAAGA